AUGGACCAAUCGGCCUCCCCGCGAAUGCGAACUCACGCAUCCCCCCCAUUCGUCACCACUAUCCUCCUCCUGAUCUUCAUCCUAGCCCCGUCGCACACUGUCGCAAGCAGCGAAGCGGCUUCGCAAGAGAUCGCAGAUCCUUUCGAGACUCUAGACAGUGCCGUUGACGCUGAGUCCUUCGGACCGCACAUUGAUUUCUCUUCUUCCGGAUCCGCCGGCGCCGGCGGCGGAGUCGGCGUUUUACCUGGCGGCCCGCCAACCGUGCCUCGCGUGGCGCAGCUGCGAGGGGCGAGUGACGACGUUGCGACGCAGGCGAGCAGCACCGUCGCCGCAGGCGACAACCCGCGCGUCGCACGGCUGUAUCUCCUGUCGAAGAAGAACUCUCGCGCGCGAUGCUUGGACGGCAGUCCUGCUGGAUACUACCUGCGACGCGGGUUCGGCAGCGGCGCCAACAACUGGAUCAUGAUUCUCGAGGCUGGCGGGUGGUGUUUCAAUGCCAAGUCGUGCGCGAAUCGAGCCAAGGGACCCCUGGGAAGCUCAAAGAAAUGGCCGCCAACCAGCGACGUGAAGUAUGGCGGCGUGGGCAGCACGGACAGCGCCGUGAAUCCCGCGUUCUACAACUGGAACCUGGUGCUCGUCAAGUACUGCGACGGUAGCUCCUUCACUGGUGGCUACGGCAAGUUGCCGCCCAACUCGGAGACGGGACGCGCGCUCUACUUUCGCGGGCACUGGAACCUGCAGGGCACGCUGCAAGAUCUGCUGGCGCGGCACGGGCUGAACGUGGGCAAGCAGAUGCUGGUGGGCGGCUGCAGUGCGGGUGGCGUCGCGACGUCAAUCAAAUGCGAUCAGAUCUCGAGGUGGCUGGCCAACUACAACGUCACCACCAAAUGCUUCAUGGACGGAGGCUAUUUUCCAGACGUGGCGGAUAAGGACGGGCAGUACAGCAUGCGCCUGAAGGUGCAGAAGAUGGCCGGCCUGCAUGACAUGGGACGCAUUGGGGUUAACGCCGAGUGCAAGCGAGGCCAGGUGAAGCUGCUCCAGUCCUUUUCUGCUAAGGUCGAGCAUAUUCUGAUCAUGCGGUUGGAGGUGCGAGCAGGCGUGAUGGACAUUGGUGCUCGUGAUGCUGUUCUUGAGCACAUUGCGCCGUUCCUCGAAGCUUCUUUGGUGAAAGAUACUGUCAAGUUUGCAGUUGUCCUCUGGCCUCCAGUCGGUAAAGGCCAGGCAACCAACACUGACUGGAAGACUAAAAGCACCUGUUCGAAAUGGUUUUCUCUAUACUCGUUUGAAGAAGUCUCGGCUGCUGGGAGUGCCAGCAGGCUCACGCAUGAUGCUCUGUCGCGCUCAGCGCCUCGUCAAGCGUCCAGACCUGAUGACGUGGCAACAUUGGUGUACACCUCUGGAACGACCGGGAAUCCCAAGGGAGUGAUGCUCACACACAGCAACCUGAUGCAUCAGGUCAACAAUUUUGAAUGUGCCCUGACGCCAGAUGCUGGUGAUGUCAUGUUGAGCCUGCUACCCCCAUGGCACAUGUAUGAGCGUUCAUGCGAGUACUUUCUACUGAGCCGUGGCGUCCAGCUAGUCUACAGCAAUGUCAAGUCAUUCAAGGAAGACUUGAUGAAACACCCUCCGGACUACUUCGUGGCUGUUCCACUUGUCUUCGAGGUCCUAUACAGUGGAGUCCAGAAGAAGCUUGCUGCAGCAUCAGCCGCCAGAGCAGCAAUUGCCAAGUUCUUGAUAAAAGUCAGUUGUCUUCACAAGGAAGCGCUGCGCAUCUGGACAGGCAUGGCUGUCCUUCGUUCACGUGAAAACGUUCAGGGGCUCAUGUUCAUGAAGGCUGUAGCAGAAUGUCUGGGAUCCGGGCUUUUAGCACUGGUGCUGCUGCCUCUUCACCUUCUGGCGGAGAAGCUUGUGUACACCAAGGUCAAAGCUGCUAUCGGCAUAGAAAAGGCAGCUGUGAGUGGUGGAGGCAGCUUGCCGUCGCACGUGGACAAAUUCUUUGAGCAAAUUGGGAUCACUCUGCUCAAUGGAUAUGGGCUCACAGAAACCUCUCCUGUGCUGACAGUCAGGCAAAGUUCCAACAAUGCUUUGGGAAGCAUUGGGAGUCCCGUUCCUGGAACAGAGAUAAAGAUUGUAGACCUGGAGACGGGAGCUGGUCUCCCUGCAGGCCAGCGUGGGUUGGUCAAGGCACGUGGCCCUCAAGUGAUGAAGGGCUACCACAAGAACCCGGCGGCCACAGCAAUGGCAAUUGACAAGGAUGGUUGGUUCUCGACGGGCGAUCUUGGAUGGAUCUCUCCUUUGACUCCAGUUGGCGCUGCACGAAACGCUGGAGGGCUUCUGGUCCUUGACGGUCGAGCAAAGGAUACCAUCGUUCUUGCCAGUGGUGAAAAUGUGGAGCCUGCCUUUGUUGAGGAGGCUGCACUUAGCAGCCCUGUCAUCCGCCAAAUAAUGCUCGUUGGCCAGGACGAGAGAAAGCUUGGAGCGCUGAUUGUCGUGAAUGAGGACGAGAUGAAGGCUGCAGUGGCAAACGUGAGAGCGGAGAAGGGGAUGGAGGGAGGCGAGGUGACAGAAAAGGAACAGAGGGCUCUCGUUCAACAAGAGCUCACCCGCUGUUUAACAGAGGCAGGUUGUUUGCCGCAUGAACGGGUCGGUCCAUUUGCACUCCUCGAUGAACCAUUCACAGUGGAUAAUGGUCUCCUCACAGCAACAAUGAAGAUGCGGCGUGAUGUGAUUUACAGCAGGCACAGGGAGCUUUGUGAUCAGCUUUUCCAACACUGA